UUUGCCUAUAUAAUCACCUCUCCAAGAAUUGGUUCUUCAAGCUACUCCUUCACCUUUGUUGAGAAAAGGGAAGAGCUACCAUGAAGUUUAGAACAAUAUGGUUUAUGUUGCUAGCCCUGGUGGCUACAACAUCAUUUGCGAUCGUUGAGAAGAAGACGUAUGUAGUUCACAUGGACAAGACGAAGGUCAUGACCUCAAACCUCAAACAAUGGUAUGAAGGUUUGAUGGAUUCAGUCUAUAACUUAUCAACUGAAGAGGAAGAAGAAGAAGAAGGUACAACACCACCUGAACUCCUAUACGUCUACGAACAUGCCAUAUCUGGUUUUGCAGCAAAGCUUUCCACCAAACAAUUAGAAUCAUUGAAAAGAAUGGAUGGAUUCCUCUUCGCCAAUGUCGACAAAAUGCUGAGCGCCCACACAACUCACACUCCUCAGUUCCUUGGCUUGCAAUUCAACAAGGGGCUGUGGAGUGAGUCCAACUUGGCUUCUGACAUUGUGAUUGGAGUGGUCGAUACUGGAAUUUGGCCUGAACACAUUAGUUUUCAAGACUCAGGAAUGUCUGCAGUGCCCUCUAGAUGGAAAGGCACUUGUGAGAAUGGCACAAUGUUUUCAUCAUCAAACUGCAACAAGAAGCUAAUUGGUGCAAGAUAUUUCUACAAAGGGUAUGAGGCGUCUUAUGGAAGGAUCAAUGGAACAAAUGAGUUCUUGUCUCCUCGCGAUGCAAACGGGCAUGGGACACACACAGCGGCUACAGCAGGAGGUAGUGUUGCUAACAAUGCAAGUUUAUUUGGCUUUGCGAGUGGCUCAGCGAGUGGUAUGAUGUACACAUCUAGAAUUGCUGUUUAUAAAGUGCUAUGGGGGACAGAAGGACAGGGUGCUAUGUCUGAUAUACUGGCUAGUAUGGAUCAAGCUGUUGCAGAUGGUGUCGACGUACUCUCUCUGUCUUUGGAAGGCGGAGGCACACCUUAUUAUCUGGAUGUUAUUGCCAUAGCAUCAUUUGGGGCCAUCAACAAAGGAAUUUCUGUUGUAUGCUCUGGAGGCAAUUUUGGCCCAGAUUUCUUCACUGUUGUCAAUUCAUCGCCGUGGAUCAUGACAGUUGCUGCAAGUUAUCUUGAUAGGAGCUUCUUAACAACUAUCAAACUUGGAAAUGGACAAACUUUUGAAGGUUCAUCAUUGUAUACAGGCAACGCAACAAAUCAAUUGCCGCUUGUGUAUGGAAAGACCGCGGGUGGUGAAAACGCUGAGUACUGCAUUCCUGGAUCACUCAACCAAACGCUUGUCAAAGGGAAGAUCGUUUUGUGCCUAGCAGGUGAAAUUAGCGACACUGCAACGGGUGAGCAAGUAAAAAUGGCAGGAGGUGCUGGAAUGCUCUUAAUCGAAGAACUUUUUGCUCGUUCACAUGUUUUACCAGCAACUUCUACUGGUCUAUUGGCAGGUAUAGCCAUCAUUGAGUAUGUAAACUCAUCUAGCAAACCAACGGCUUCCAUUGAAUUCCACGGUACAGUGUACGGAACCCGUGCACCAAUGAUGACUGCAUUUUCGUCGAGAGGUCCUAAUAUUGUAGGACUUGACGUGAUCAAACCAGAUGUAACUGCACCAGGGAUGAACAUUUUGGCUGCUUGGCCACCCAUAAUAAGCCCAAGUGAACUCCCCAGUGAUAAGAGAAGUGUUAUGUUCAAUAUCAUGUCAGGAACCUCAAUGUCCUGCCCCCAUGUAAGCGGCAUAGUCGGACUACUCAAGUCAUUCCAUAAAGAUUGGUCGCCUGCAGCAAUUAAAUCAGCAUUGAUGACAACUGCUUACAUUACGGACAACACAAGGUCCCCGAUUAUUGAUGUUGCGUCCAACUCUGAACCUGCGACACCUUUCCACUUUGGUUCUGGACACGUUAAUCCUGAAGCUGCUGCUGAUCCGGGGCUCAUUUAUGAUAUUACUCCGGAGGAUUAUCUAAAUUAUCUAUGUAGUUUAAACUACACCUUUUUUCAAAUAGCUGCAAUAUCAAGGAGUCAAAGUCAAUUUGUCUGUCCGAAAAACUUAACUCUUCAGCCAGGUGAUCUGAAUUACCCUUCUUUUGCUGUGAAUUUUGUGGGUGAAGCAAAAAAUUUAAAUGUGACAUACACGAGGACGGUGACAAACGUUGGGACCCCGAGGAGUAAUUAUUUGGUGCACCUAGAGGAACCCAAUGGAGUAGCAGUGAUGGUAGAGCCAAAGAUGUUAGAGUUCGAAAAAUUGGGUCAAAAACUGAGCUACAAAGUGACUUUUGUUGGGUACAAAAGAGUCGUUAACAGUCUUAAUGCGAGCUUCGGAUCUCUAGUGUGGGUGAACGGAAAAUAUGGAGUUAGAAGCCCCAUUGCAGUAACUUGGGAUGCAGUUUCUGUAGCGUAACUGCUGGCAGAGGAUAAUAGUAUUUCAAUGUAAGUAGAAUAAAACCAAAGACCUGCCAGUCUCCUAUCAUAUAUUGCCUUGUAACUUGGUUAUAAAACUACUGAACAGCUUAA